GGGAGGCACCCGGAAUGAGAAAAACCUCCGAACCAUAGAGUUCAGUUCCUAGCUGGGCCUCCCAGCCCUCCACUUCCGCUUGACCGCCUAAAACCGCGCCUGCGCAGUUGGCCACUUCCUCUGUGGGCUUGGACCUAGGUUGCUGCGUCAUGGCGAAACGCACCAAGAAGGUCGGAAUCGUGGGCAAAUACGGGACCCGUUAUGGUGCCUCCCUGAGGAAAAUGGUGAAGAAAAUUGAAAUCAGCCAGCACGCCAAGUACACUUGUUCCUUCUGUGGCAAGACCAAGAUGAAGAGACGAGCUGUGGGCAUUUGGCACUGUGGUUCCUGCAUGAAAACGGUAGCUGGUGGUGCGUGGACCUACAACACCACUUCUGCCGUCACAGUAAAGUCUGCCAUCAGAAGACUGAAGGAAUUGAAGGACCAGUAGAAGCGCCACCAUUUGAUACGUUGCUAGCCUAUAAUAAAUGGGUUAAUUUAUGUAACAAAA